AUGGAAAUUAAAUACAACAGAUCACUAAGUGGAAUACCAGAAAAUCAAUUAUAGUAACCAUUCAGAAAAGUAACUAAAACUUAAAUUGAAAACAAAGAUCCAGUCAGAAGGAAUUUGACUCAAUUGUAUAAUGAAGACACAUAAUAAAUUAAUAAAUCAAUGCUCAACAGUAAUUAUGAUUUGAGGAAGAAGGCAUUCAAUUAAGAGAGAGUAAAACGAUCUCUCAAUCAGGAUGUCUUGGAUGAUAAGGAAAACAUGCCUCAACAUAAAGGACUUAUGACUAAGCUCUAUACUCUCCCCCAAGAAUUAUCAACAAUUACAAUUAAGCAUAAAUUCGAUCAUACCAUUGAGGAGAAUAAGAAUCUUCAAAAAUAGUAUACAGAUGAAAUAUUUUUCUAUUUAAAAGAACAAGAAAGAAAAUCGACACCCUUAGAAUGGUUAAAGAAUCACUCUAUUCCAAGUAAUUUGAGAGCUAAAAUGAUUGAUUGGAUGGUUGAAGUUCUAUGUUCAUAUAAAUGCACAGAUUAAACAUUCUUUGUGGCAGUAAGAACUUUGGACUAUUACUUCUCAAAAUGUGAAAAACAAUUAGAAAUAUCAGAUUUGCAUCUUUGUGGAGUGACUUCAAUGUUUAUUGCUGCAAAAUAUGAAGAAAUUCAUCCAAUGAAAUUGUCUGUUGUUCAUGAUAAAAUUGCCCAUAAAAAGUUAUCAACUGAUCAAAUUAAGAAGAAAGAGAGUGAUAUGUUGUAAACUAUUGGUUUUGAUCUGGGUGGUGGUACUCUCUAUGAUAUGUAUAAUCUAAUACUAACAAAUUGUAUUGUUGAAAAUAGAUUACAAGAGAAACAUUACAAAUAUCUCAAAAAACUUUGUUUAUAUCUCUCUAAAAUGGUACUGUAUGAUUAUGAAAUUUGCGGUAAAACUAAUUACACUUUGUUGGCUGCUGCCUUAAUUUUUGUCGCCUUUAAAAUCAUAGAACAAUUAGAUUCUAGUUUUAAUGCUGAUAGUUAAAUUAAAGAUGUGGCUUAAAUCAUAUAAGUUGAUCAAGAUUAACUGAUAGAAACUGCAGCUAAGGUCUUGAAUCUAGCCAAAAACUUUGAGAAGCAUUUUCCAAAUUUGGAAAAUUUAAAAAAAUUUAAUGGAUUUUAGUUAGAAGAUGAUGAAUAAUGA